CAACAUCACUGGACCGACCACUCCAAAGCAAAGUCCAAAUCAAAACUUGUCCCUUCCUCCUCUAACUUACGAAAAAAAACCUAAACCCCAAUUUUCUCCUUCACUCCUUUUUUAUUUUUUUUUCUUAGUCGCUGAAAAUGGAAGACGAAGAAGGCAUCGGGUUAAUUCUAGCAAGAGCCACCGAGCUCAGACUCAAGAUCGCCGAUCGUAUCGAUACCUCCAGCACUGAUGUUUCUUCUCCCAGAGAAGGAAAGAAAGAUGAGAUUGCUGGGAAUCAAGAAAAGGAUUUUGACUCAUUCAGCUCUGACGAUGCAGAUGAUGAAGAAGAAGCUGAUGAACAGCUUUUGCGUAUACGCGAUGCUCUUGAAUCUCUUGAGUCUCAGCUUGCUGCUUUACAGAAUCUACGGCAAAGACAACAGUACGAGAAGCAAGUAGCUCUCUCUGAGAUUGAUUACAGCAGGAAGAUUUUGCUCGAGAAGCUCAAGGAGUACAAAGGAAAAGAACUUGAAGUGCUACGCGAGGCUUCCACUUUUGCUGGCGAAAGAGUUGAUUAUGAGAACGAUCUUCUCCUUCCUCCUUACCCUGUUCACCCUCCUCCUCUCUCCCUCGGUUUAGAUAAUAACAAUGGCUACUUACCUCAUUUACCGUUAAACCAGAAGAAAUCUGCAGAUGCAAAUGGGUUUGGUUCAGGACAUGUGAGAAAGGAAGCAGAGGUCAAGGGUCCUAAUGGAAUUGUUCGCUUCUUAGGCUCUGUUGCAAAGAUCAUGCUACCAAUCAUCGGCGUAAUUUCAGUCUUGUCUGCUUCCGGCUAUGGUCCAGAGAUCAAAAAAAGAGGUGUGUCAUUCAAACUUCUGGGGCUUUUCCCUCAACGAGUAGUCAGAGCACCGAACCAAUGCCCGCCUGGGAAAGUUCUUGUGAUUGAAGACGGUGAAGCAAGGUGUCUUGUGAAGGAAAGAGUCGAAAUACCUUUUGAGUCGGUGAGUGCGAAACGAGAUGUAACUUACGGAUAUGGUUGAAUUGAAGAGAGAGAGAGAAAACACCCUUCUCUGUAAUCUUCACUGCCUCCUGAAUUGUUGUGUGUAAAGUUUCAACCUUUGAUCUCUUUAGAAGUGAAGCAACAAUCCCAAAGUUUUUGUAAUA